CGACUUCAAAAGCUUCAAGUUAUUCUUUAUCAGUAAUGGAACCAAUUACUUAUUCCAAAGAUCUUCCAUUAUUCUUCUCAAUCUUCAUCUUCGUUUAUCUUCUCGGUUACUUAUUCAUUUUCAAAAAAUGGACUCCGGAGACUCGUCCUUUAGCUUCCAGCUGUUUAAUCUCCCUCCUCCACGGCGUCUCCGCCGUCGUCCUCGCCACGAACGCCUUACUCUCCGAUCCUAACCGUGGAUUCUCCUCCGUCAACACCCAAUCUCAAAACUCAAUUCUCGAUUUCAGCUCCGCUUAUUUCCUCGCUGAUCUCGUCCACCUUGCCGUGUUUCCUUCUCCCGCCGGCGGAGACUCGCUUUUCGCCGCUCAUCACCUCGCCGUGCUUUUCGUUUUCCUCACCUGCCGUUACAUGGUUGCUCACGGCGCCUGCGCUCUGCUCGCGCUGCUAGUCGUCGCGGAGGCCACGAGCGCGUGUCAGAACACGUGGACGCUCGCGGAUGCGCGUGGGAAAGACGCGCCUCUAGCGGUGAGUUUGCACCGGUUCGUUACGGUGCCGUUUUACGCGUCCUAUAGCGUCUGCAGGUGCGUUCUAGCGCCGUUGCUUAUCGUUAAGAUGACGUGGUUUUACGUCAGCGGAGGCGCUGAUGACGUCAUACCCAGAUGGGUUUGGGUUUCGUGGACCGUUGUUAUUGUUACUGCCGUUACCGUUAGUAUCCUUUGGAUUUGGAAUUUGUGGGUACUGUUUUUUCAGGAAAGAUAUUCCAAAUUUACCAAAAAGGUUAGGUGGCCAAAGGCGAAACGGAGACACUAUUGUGCAACAAGUUGUUCAUUUGUUUCCAAACAUGGUAAGCUGUAGCAUGAGCAACUCCUACUAAUUUCCAAAGAAUUGUGGGAGCAGUCUCUGUUUUUAGCUUAGUCCAAGCCAGAAUUGAAAUCCAAGUAAUAAAGAUAUAAGGCGAUAUCGUUAAUCCUCUUCUGGUGUUUUCUGUAUGUAAAACGGCGUCUUUCUUUUGAUUCGAAACGGAGGAGUUUGUGAAGGGUAACAAGACGGAAUGGUUCUUUAUAUCUGGGAGGACCAAGAUGGGGAAAUGUGGAAAAAGAAUGAAUCGUAGAGACAAUGGAGGAUACUGGAGGGUAGUAUCAUCUCUGCCAAGAAGAUUCAUGCUGGAGAAGCAGGCCUUGUCGGCUACAAAUACUCACUAGAGUACUACAUUGGAAAACAACCAAAAUGGCGUAAAAGAGGGUUGGUUGAUGCAUGAACACUGGCUUAAGUCUUCUGAUGAUAUUAAUAACUACGAGCUGGGCAAUUAUGCUAUGUGCAAGAUCUAUCUGAGUCCACACGCAGCAAAGAAGAAGAAAACACACGAUGAAGAGAUCGACGAUUUAGUUCAAUUUGUGGAAGCAGC